AUUUGUAUAAUUCUGUCUAUCUUAUUUUCAAUUAUAUCUUGUUAAUCUUUUGAAUUUAUUCAAAAGUUUUAAAGAAGGAAGAAAAGUUAUACAUCAAUAGUGCCAAUUUUUUGUUUUAAAAAAACCCCGCAGCAUACAAUGUUCAAAAUUUUUACGAAAAAAAAUCUUCGGCAGAAUCUUUUUUUCUGCAUUGAAUUUAGACCCUAUAUAUGUUCCCUACACACACAAGAAAAAAUACCCUGAAAAAACGUUUUUAUUAUCUAAAUGUUCAAUAUAGUUAAGAAAAAAUGAAACAGUAAUUUGCUCAACAUAAAAAAUAUUAAAAGAACACGUCGUAUGUUUCCAGCGGUCAGAGACGAGAAUGUACGUGUUCUUCCUUUAUCGAGUCGCGCUUUCGUUAAACCGCCUGGUCAUUUCCGAUAUAUAUAAGUAAGUCACGGUACAGACCUACAAUGUACUGGUAAAUAUUCAGUGCGAAUUGUGACAGUCUGAAUGAUAACUGUAUGAUCCCUAAUUACUUGUAUUUAGAAUGAAUUACAGUGUCAAAAAUGUUAUGUUCAAUUUUCUUGCUUAAUGACAAUUAAAUGCAUAAUCGCCACCUUUGGCUAGUUGUUAUGAAUUAUGAUUAACAUUGCGAUUUUUGGUAUUGUUCUCUUGGUGACGUGUUAAGAACGAUAUAGCCAGCAGGCAUAUUACUUGAGACAGAGACCACAUAGAGAAGUGUAGGCUCAGGUGACACCACGGCUCAUAUUGGGACAGCUCUUUGCAGACAAACAUGUCGAAGGCAUCGCUGAAGCUACUGGUUACAGGAGCAGUAAUGGCACUGAUCGUCGUCCUUCUGUACACUUCAGGACAAGAGCAACCGGAAGUAAACAACCGGCAGACGAUCCAACUACAACAGCAGCCUCUGGUUUCAUCAAGUCAGAAUUUCUCUCCGGAACAACAAAAAGAACAGCCAAUCAGAGCAAAGGUUGCACCAUGGUCACAUGAUCUCACUUCUUGGCGCCAAAAUACUACUCUCUGUAGCCAACCUGAAGUGGACACGCCCUCUGUUCUGAAGACCCCGGGCGGGCCUGUAAAAAUGUCCGUGUACGAUCCCAGAAAAGAUAUAUGGGUGUCUAGGAAAAUCGUUAACGGUGGGGAUUUUGAUGGUAACAAGAGGCAACUAGUGUACUCUCUGCUAGAAAGGGACCCGGAUAUUAAUUUUAUAGAUGUAGGGUGCAAUAUUGGAGUGUAUUCCCUAACAAUGGCUAAACUUGGGAGAAAAGUUCUUUGUGUUGACGCAUUAUACAUUAAUGUGGAACACGUGUGUUCUUCUAUGGUGCAGAAUAAUUUCGAAAACUCUAUAACUAUAGUGAUGAAUGCGUUAUCAAACGAUAGGAAAUACGUAGAACUUGGAGUUGACGAUAAAAACUACGGGGGAACAUUCGUGGACGAGGACGCGGGGGACGUCAAGAAAAAGAAAGGCCGGACCGUGACGGGGGGUCACUACACCAGUAUCCCCUCUGUGAUGAUGGACGAUCUAUUACAGCUUCCGGUCAUCAACAUGUUUAAUAAGUCGUUCAUUAAGAUGGACAUAGAGGGGUUCGAGUGGAAAGCUUUACAGGGUGCGUCUGCAUUCUUCAGCGCAAUCGACGUUCGCGGUGUCUUCAUGGAGUGGAUAUUUCACAAGGGAAAAGAUUCGGGAGUAAAAAUCACGGAGUUUAUGGUUCGACAUAACUUGUAUCCUCACGCUCAGGUGACUUUAACAACAUAUCGACCUCUCGAUGUCUCAUUAUGGGGAAAUUGGCAUUUUAUGGACAUUCUGUGGCUGAAGAGAUAACACAGUAUUUAGGUGUAAAGACUGUUGAACGUGUAUGUCGUCAUCUUCCCGUACUGUAUAACAAAGAAUUAACCCAGCCAAACAAACCAAGAUGGUACAUUGAUCAGAAGAGGGUUUAGACAUGGACGCAGACAAUUCCCCUGUUUGUGGUCAGCGAGCAGUGUGUAAAUGACAAGUGAUGAGGCAUGGACUAUAAAACCGCGCUUAACGGUCCGUGCUCUUUGAUACCACCUCACUGUAAGAUGUACACAAAGAACGCCCCGUUAUUCUAGGUUCAAUACACGACGAAAAAGUUAUUUAAGAAUGAAAUAUAACAAGAGGAAACUGACACAAAUCGAUGAUGAAAGUGGAACGCUAUAUGAAAGGUUAUUGUAUUUCCUUUGAAGUAAACAAAUAUAAUAGGUGACUAUAAAUUUGAACCCACAAUAAAUGCUUUUAUGA